AUGCUCAGUCCGGCGAUGCUCAAAUCGAUGGGACGCCGUACUUCCCGAGAAGUGAACCUUCCCCUCGAUGGUCCUCGUUCCAGAGAUUCCAAGGGAAAUCUUCUACCGCUCCUCGAAGAAGAAGAGGUCAUCCAUUACAAUGGUCGUCGACGAGCCUCAAAUCAUUCGAUUCUCGAUUUUGAUGGAGAUACCGCUGUCAUGCUUCGCGGGGUCUUCGAGCAGGAGGCCCUUCCAAGUCGAUCGGGAAAUCGUCGAGCAUCGGUGAUUGCAAUGAAUGCAAAACAAGAUCGAGAAAGAAGAGGAUCGCUGACUGCAAAUGUUAAGAUCCAACCCCAUCAAUACACCGAAGAUCCAACGGUUGCGUGGGAAAUGCUGAAAGCGAAACGACCCGUGAAAAGAGUUAUUCAGAUGAAACCGGAGACACCAAUUCGCGUGGAUCACGUGAGAUUCGUGUGUAUCGGAUGCACGCACGGACAACCAUUACCCGCAUUGCCUGAUGGAGACGUUUUGAUAGUCACCGGCGAUUUCACCUCAUGCGGUCUGCCGAAAGAGGUCAAGAAUUUCAACGCUCAAUUGGCUUCAACUCGUCAUGCGUAUCGAAUUCUCAUCGCCGGUAAUCACGAAUGCACAUUUGAUGAGAGUUUCCUAAAGUCGCAAAAACGAGACAUCGGCGAGGCGAAAGAGGAAGCCCUCAAACAGGCAUUACUCUCAGCAUUGCAUUCGGCGAAAAUGCAAACACCAAAACAAUUGAUAACGAACGGAAUUUAUCUACAAGACGACUUGAUUGAACUCUUUGGAAUUACCAUUUAUGGGACACCCUGGCAACCCCGCGUCGACAAUUGGGCCUUCAAUCUACCGCGUGGACAAGCGCUUUUAGAUAAAUGGAAUCAAAUACCAACUGGUGUUGAUGUGCUCAUCACACAUACACCACCACUUGGUCACGGCGAUCUAAUGGCAAAUGGGCAAAGGAUGGGCUGUGUGGAAUUGUUGAAUACGGUGGCGAAACGAGUGAAACCGAAAUAUCACGUAUACGGACAUAUUCAUGAAGGUUAUGGUUGUUCAUCGGAUGGAUACACGAAAUUCAUCAAUUGUUGUGCAACUGAUGCCAAUUUAGAUCUCGUCAACAAUCCCGUCAUUUUCGAUAUUCCGGUCCAUCCAACGACAAAGCAAUACUAUUUGAACAAUAUCAAGAAAAUCACGAAAAGAGUUGCAAAAGAAUUGGAAAAGAAA